AACACAAGUAGGCGGGGCUACGAUGGCACAUAGUGGAUUUGCUGCGCGGACGGACCCGAAUCAGAGUAGACAACCGGCACCAGGCCCAUGGCACUUCAUUUAACACUUAUUUAGAAGAGGUCGUUUUAGCUUAGUGUUUAAAAAAACAAAACAAAAAAACACUGUACACCACCCCGACACUAUAGGCACCACGGAUCAGCCCAGAAUGCCAAACAUUAAGAUAUUUUCUGGCAGUUCGCAUCCGGAUCUGUCGCAGAAGAUCGCGGACCGACUGGGACUUGAACUGGGGAAAGUGGUCACUAAAAAAUUCAGCAAUCAGGAAACCUGUGUAGAGAUAGGAGAGAGUGUGCGUGGAGAAGAUGUCUAUAUUGUCCAGAGUGGCUGUGGCGAAAUAAACGACAAUCUUAUGGAGCUGCUGAUCAUGAUCAAUGCCUGUAAGAUUGCAUCAGCGUCCAGAGUCACGGCGGUUAUUCCUUGUUUCCCCUACGCUCGGCAGGACAAGAAGGACAAGAGUCGGGCUCCAAUCUCAGCCAAGCUUGUCGCCAACAUGCUGUCUGUAGCCGGAGCAGACCACAUCAUCACCAUGGACCUACAUGCAUCUCAAAUUCAGGGGUUCUUUGACAUCCCAGUUGAUAACUUGUACGCUGAGCCGGCAGUCCUCAAAUGGAUAAAAGAAAAUAUCAAUGAAUGGAAGAAUUGCACCAUUGUUUCUCCUGAUGCUGGUGGAGCCAAGAGAGUGACAUCCAUCGCAGACCGCCUGAAUGUGGACUUUGCCCUAAUCCAUAAGGAGCGGAAAAAGGCCAAUGAGGUGGAUCGUAUGGUGUUGGUUGGGGACGUGAAGGACCGAGUGGCGAUUUUAGUAGACGACAUGGCAGACACGUGUGGGACAGUAUGUCACGCGGCUGACAAAUUGGUGUCUGCGGGAGCCACUAAAGUGUACGCCAUCUUGACUCAUGGCAUCUUCUCUGGGCCAGCCAUUUCUCGUAUCAAUAAUGCCAACUUCGAGGCAGUUGUGGUCACCAACACAAUUCCACAGGAGGACAAAAUCAAACACUGCAACAAGAUUCAGGUGAUCGACAUUUCUAUGAUCCUGGCUGAAGCUAUUAGGCGAACGCAUAAUGGGGAGUCAGUUUCAUACUUGUUUAGUCAUGUCCCCUUAUAACAUGUACACACACGCACAGAUAACAUGUCUUCACGCAUGCCAUCACUGUGUACAAACUCAUAUGAUGGAGAACCAUUGCUGGCUCUGUUAAGCCAUGUUCCUUUGUAAGAGUCUCAUACAUGCACCAUUUAACUGAAGACAUAUUCUGGACAGUGAAUGAAAGCCCUUUGUGCAACACACAGCUCCCUGUUUCUGUUGCAUGUGCUGACUUACCUUUUUUCCAAGAGUAUUGUGAUAUGUAACAACUCCUAUCAUCGUGAUUUCCAUUCACUUUUCACUCACUAUAUUUCACCCAUCACUCUAUGGUAUAUAAAUGUUACCUGCAUGUUAGACUGAGGAUUCACUUGAACGUUGCUGUCUGUUAUUUCCGCCUUAGAAACCAUUUAAAACCAUUGACACGACAACCCCUGCUUAUAAUGGAAAAUCUCCUGUAAUACUGGAAUUUUUUUUAUGUUUUAGCUCUGAAGUUUGUGUAACUUAAAGGUACGAUAGAUGUUUAUGACUUUUGUAACACUUAAUUUUGUUAUGGAAUCUAAUUACUAACAUGUGGUAGAUUGAAAUAGAAUAUGGGUUAAGCCCCUUUAGAUUGCCAUUGUUAUGGCAGCUGAAUUUUUUUUCUUUUGUUUCUCUUCUCAGGUGUCAGUUUUAGGUUGAUUUUUUUUUUCUUCAUUACUUUAUUAAUUGUCAUCUCUUCAGGGUCUUUUGACAGGAUGAAAACCAAGAUCUUGGUGGAAAAAUUAGGUCACAUUUUUAAGUUGUGAUAAAAUGUUUCUUUUAUAUCUAUGUUCAUGUUUACAGUUACGCAGCGUUUUUGACUGCUUGAACACAGAUCUGUGAAGUUCCCUUUAGAUUUGACUGAACACACACCUAAGUCCUAAUUAAGUGGCUACUGUAGAAUUGGCCCAAACAAUCAGCUUGUUGAACUAUAUUUUUGUUGUUUCUUGCUUAUAACUGUGUGGGUCAGUGUGUUUGGUUUGAGUACGUUUCUUUUUCCAUGCUACUUAAGCGAGAACCGGGAUAAUACACUUAACUAUCCUACAGCUUACACUGGAGCAGUAAGUGAGAUGACCGAGCUUGAUUUGAUAGGUCUAUGCCGUUUGCCUUAAUGAAGGAGAAAAAUGCUGACGAUUGUAUCUCAUCUGAAUGCAGAAUGAUGAGUAAAGUAUUUCAUGUAUAAACUGCA